CAUUAAGAUGACAGUUGCAAAAGAAUUUGAAAAAUCCAACCAGAAGUACGUUGAUCAGUUUGCAAAAGGCGAUUUGGCGUUGCCUCCUCUGAGAAAAGUUGCGGUGGUGAUCUGUAUGGAUGCCAGAAUUGACCCAGCCAAAGCUCUUGGCCUUGAGGAAGGUGAUGCUCAUGUGAUAAGAAAUGCGGGCGGGAGGGCUACGGACGCUUUGCGGAGUGUUAUAAUUUCUCAGAGAUUAUUGGGCACCAGAGAAAUUGUUGUUAUCCACCACACUGACUGUGGAAUGUUGACUUUCACCGACGAAUCGUUGCGUAAGCAAUUGGUCUCGGAAGCUGACGAAAAUGUGGAUCAUUUUGCUUUCUUGCCAUUCAAUGAUUUGGAAAAGAGUGUUGUUGAUGAUGUGAAAUUCUUCAAGAAAAACUCAUUGGUUUUGGAUGUGCCAGUCUCAGGAUAUGUGUAUGAUGUCAAGACUGGGGCAAUCAACAAGGUUAUUUAGUUUGGUUUUAUUAUUCAGUUAAUUGACACAUAUAU